AUGGCACCCCCCAUGGUAUCUUUAAGCAAGAAGGAGCCUUCUAAAUCUAAGCUAGUGUUUGACGAUCUUCCCCUGGAGAAGGAAGAUGGCCCAGCACCCCCUUCUGUCAUUACUGUCGGUGAUGAACAGCGUUCACGAAGACUCCGUUUCCAGAAGAAUCAGAGAAAGUGCCGACUUAUUGUUGGCUUUGUUACCAUCAUGAUCAUCAUCGCUGUUGCUACAGCCCUGACUUUCACUUUGGUGAAAUUGCUGCACAAGCAUCGUAAGUCAUGGACGGUGCCUGAGAAGAAUGGACAGACAUCGAAUGUGAAUGUUGAUGAUAAAAACCAGUUGAUCCGUGCUAGGCACCAUCAUCAUAAUGACCAGGGCCAGUCUGUUUGUUUGGAGUCUCUUCACGAGUACCACAGACGAUUUGUUGCCUACAGAGAUUGCAGCACCCUCGUUUGUUACAUUGACAGACUGGAUGAAACUUAUGAAGUGGGCUAUGCACGCUGGGAAGCCUAUGAAACAAAUGGCAAAGACUCAAAAGCUUUGAAAGUGAUUGGUAAACCUAUUGAGAUUGAAGUGCUCAGACACAUUGGAGAUAUCCACAUUUACGCACAUUGCCAGAAUGGGACUUCCUACUGGGCAAUGGAGAUUGAGGAAACAGAAAUAACAACGGAAAUUAAGGUUGUCUACGUGUGA